GAGCUCGCCCAACGGCGCAGAUCCUUUUUGGAAAUUAAUAUUUAAAAAAAAAAAAAAAAAAGAGGACGCAGAGGGGAAGGUGGGGACAAGAGGGAAGGCGAGACACACUGAGAGGGAGACAGAGCCCCACAGUGAGAGGAAGGAAGGAAGGCAACAGUCACCAGCAGCCGAUGUGAAAACCGGACUGCGUGCGCCCUUCGCCGCCUCUGCCCGGCCUCAUCGAUGUUGUGUCCGCCGCCCGCUCGCCCAGAUCACGAUGAACGCGCAGCUGACCAUGGAGGCAAUCGGGGAACUGCACGGGGUGAGCCAUGAGCCGGUGCCGGCCCCUGCCGACUUGCUGGGCGGCAGCCCCCACGCGCGAAGCUCGGUGGCGCACCGCGGCAGCCACCUGCCCCCGGCGCACCCGCGCUCCAUGGGCAUGGCGUCCUUGCUGGACGGCGGCGGCGGGAGCGGCGAUUACCACCACCACCACCGGGCCCCCGAGCACAGCCUGGCCGGCCCCCUGCACCCCACCAUGACCAUGGCCUGCGAGACUCCCCCAGGUAUGAGCAUGCCCACCACCUACACCACCUUAACCCCUCUGCAGCCGCUGCCGCCCAUCUCCACCGUCUCGGACAAGUUCCCUCACCAUCACCAUCACCACCACCACCACCACCACCCGCACCACCACCAGCGCCUGGCAGGCAACGUGAGCGGUAGCUUCACACUCAUGCGGGACGAGCGCGGGCUGGCCUCCAUGAAUAACCUCUAUACCCCCUACCACAAGGACGUGGCCGGCAUGGGCCAGAGCCUCUCGCCCCUUUCCGGCUCCGGUCUGGGUGGCAUCCACAACUCCCAGCAAGGGCUCCCACACUAUGCCCACCCGGGUGCCGCCAUGCCCACCGACAAAAUGCUCACCCCCAACGGCUUCGAAGCCCACCACCCGGCCAUGCUCGGUCGUCACGGGGAGCAGCACCUCACGCCCACUUCGGCAGGCAUGGUUCCCAUCAACGGCCUUCCUCCACACCACCCCCACGCCCACCUGAACGCCCAGGGCCACGGGCAACUCCUGGGCACGGCCCGGGAGCCCAACCCUUCGGUAACCGGUGCGCAGGUCAGCAAUGGAAGUAAUUCAGGGCAGAUGGAAGAGAUCAAUACCAAAGAGGUGGCGCAGCGUAUCACCACCGAGCUCAAGCGCUACAGCAUCCCACAGGCCAUCUUCGCGCAGAGGGUGCUCUGCCGUUCCCAAGGGACCCUCUCGGACCUGCUACGCAACCCCAAACCCUGGAGCAAACUCAAGUCCGGCCGGGAGACCUUCAGGAGAAUGUGGAAGUGGCUGCAGGAGCCGGAGUUCCAGCGUAUGUCUGCGCUCCGCUUAGCAGCAUGCAAAAGGAAAGAGCAAGAACACGGGAAGGAUAGAGGCAACACACCCAAAAAGCCCAGGUUGGUCUUCACUGAUGUCCAGCGUCGAACUCUACACGCAAUAUUCAAGGAAAAUAAGCGUCCAUCCAAAGAAUUGCAAAUCACCAUUUCCCAGCAGCUGGGGUUGGAGCUGAGCACCGUCAGCAACUUCUUCAUGAACGCGAGGAGGAGGAGUCUGGACAAGUGGCAGGACGAGGGCGGCUCCAAUUCAGGCAACUCAUCUUCAUCAAGCACUUGUACCAAAGCAUGAAGGAAUAACCACGAACUGAAACCUCGGUGGAAAAGCUUUAAAU